GGUACCGUUUAUUAAAGGAGCCAGUCACUAAAGUUCUACAUCUGUAAUGUUUGAACUUAAAAUUCUAAAGGUUCAGAACCCUUCUAACUUUUGGGGCAGAAUAGUAAAUGGAUCUGAGAUACUGGCUGAAUCUUCAGAGUAUACUAAAUUGCACAAAGCAAUGAAUCUUUUCUAUCAUCAUGUUGGGGAAAAUGGUGACAAAUUGAAGAUGGAAUCUUUUGAACCGGGUCAGGUUUGCAUUGUUUAUUCUAAAAAGAUUAAAAGCUGGUGCAGAGCUUUCAUAGAUUCACACCAUAUGGAAUCUAAUGGGAAUCAUGUUAUGUGCUUUCUUCUUGAUUAUGCGGACUAUGUCAUCGUAGAAAAAAAACAUAUUCAAGCUCCUGUUGAAAAAUUCAUGCACUUGCCGUAUUGGGCUAAGAAGUUUAGGCUUGCUGGAUUACAACCCUCGAGAUUAACUGUUGACCUUUAUUGUGAUAAAGCUGAAAUGGUGCCAGCGUCACAGUGGGACAAUGCUGCUGUUAGAUACUUUCUGAAUCUGGUACAAGAGUCAUCAUUAACUGAAGCAGAAUUAUAUACUAUUGUGAAUGAUUGCUAUAUCAUUUAUUUGUAUGUGUUACAAGGAACUGAAAAGAUUUGUGUGAACGAUGAUUUAGCUACUAAAGGGUUUGCCUGUUAUGCUUCAUCAGUUCUGGGUUCAAACCCUUUACUUGCCACACAGAAUGUUGACUGGAAAUGUUUUAGUAAGCAUCAAGAAAAAUGGUCAACAGUUGAAGUAUUGUGGCAUGGAGCCUUGAAAAGGACAGAAAAUCAAUUUUGCGGACAAGAUUUACCUGGAUGUGCAACAUCAUCAAAACAUUUUGUGGAUUCUUGUGAAAGAAAAAUGCUGGAGGCAAGAAUUAAAGAACAGUUUGAUGAGGAGAAGAGCAGCUCUGAGAAACAAAAGAAAGAACCACUGCAGUUUAAUUUAAGGUUGUUGCGUUUUCUAGACCCAUAUCCUGCAAAAGACAUCAGCUUACCAGAGGUUAGCGUAUUGAGCGAUUAUAAUUGUAAUGCACUUAUUCACUCGGCUUCUAAAAUAAAUGCUUGUUCCAACUUGGACAUUGCACCCAUCCCUGAAAAUCUAAAAAAGAUACUUAGAAAGAAGAAAUACAAAGGACCUAAUUUUGAAGAAAGUUACACCUGGCCUGCAAUUAUUCGUGGCUGUGAUGUUGUUGCUAUAUCUCAUAAAGGAAAUGAUCCAAUGCUUUUCAUUCCCCCGCUACUCCGGUUCCUUCAGUACUCUUCAGUUUAUACCUCUCCAUCUUUACAUGGGCCAGCAGCUGUCAUUUUGUGCCCUUCAUGGAGGAAAGCUCGGCAUGUUUUUACACUUCUUGAAGAGUUUAAAUCAGUGGAGUCACUUAGUCCUAUGUUACUUUUAUUUGGUUUAAAUACUGAGAAAGCUGAACACCUGAAGAUUCAGAAAGAAUGUAUGGUUAUUGUGACAACGCCAAACUGCUUGGUGAGACUGCUUCAGUUUCAAUGUCACCGCCUUGUUGGAUAUUGCCAUCUCAUUUUGGAUGAAGUUGAUGAAUUAUUUUCUCAAGCUUUUGAGCAGAUAUCUCUAAUAUUGGAUCUUUACAAAAAAGCUAUUGAUUCUGAAGAAAGACGUUCUUUGCCACAACAGAUCAUUGCUGUGGGAAAAAAAUGGAACAAGAAAUUUAAAAAACUUGUAGUGGAUUACAUGACUGAUCCAUUUCUGUUUGUAACUCUUACCGAGGAAGCAGUGUUAUAUGCCAAUGUCCAACAGGUUGUGCUUCUGUCUCUGGACUGUGAUAAAAUUCCUCACUUGAUUGAUUCAUUAGAUUUUAACCCUGAACUUCCACAAAAGACUUUGAUAUUCACAAAUUCAUCAGAAGAAGCAGAUCAUGUGUUUAAGGUGGUAAGGAACAUCUCUCUGUUUUGCAUGAAAAUACAUGAAAACCUGACUCACCAGAUUGAUUUCGUUAAGAACCAGUGGGAAAAAGUCAUUGGACCUGGCAAUCAUGUGAUUCUUGUUUUGACCAAUGACUUUAUAAAAGCCCUUGAUAUUACAGAUGCCACCUGUGUUGUGCACUUUGGUUUCCCUGUAUCUCCACAUCUCUUUGGGGCUCGUCAGUUCUGUAUGAAGGAUUACUUUCAAAACUUAACUGAAAUGGGUAACAUGGAACAAGAAUCAAACAAAGCUAAAUCUAUACUACUACUGACAGACAAGAAUGCUAGCCAUAUAGGUGGUGUUUUACAGUAUCUGGAACGAACUGAAGCAGUACUUCCUCCCACAAUUAAAUCUUUUGCAGAUGGUGUAUGGAAAGCAAAAGAAUUUCAAAAGAGAAGCAAACCACUCUGCAAGCACCUGAAAACUUUUGGUUUCUGCAAGAACUGGCAAAUUUGUCCAGAACGACAUGCACUAUUUCCAAGACUAGAUGCGCCAUUGUACCCUCAAAGCAAGACUGUAUCAAUUUUGCCCCUGUACAUUGAAAAUGCUUCUUGCUAUUUUGGUCGCAUUGUCCAGGGAAUGGAGGAUCCAUAUGAGAUCCUUAGUGCUGCCAUGUCUGAAUAUUAUAAAUCUCAUAAACAUCAUCCAAAAACAGUUGAAGUGGGAAUGUUAUAUGGAAUUCAAGAGAAGACCAUUUUUAACAGGGUUCAAGUUUUGGAAGUUUUUGAAAAAGAGGAAGGUAUUUUCCAGCAAGUCACUAUUAAAUACAUAGAUGAUGGGAGGAUAAAGAAAGUGCAAGCUCACAAUUUACUUAAUUUGCCGAGCAAGUUUCAGAGUCUGCAUUUUCAAGCAGCUGAAAUCAUUCUUUAUGGUGUGAAGCCUUUAGAUAAUGAGACUGAAUGGGACUCCAUGGUUAGCACUUACAUUAACAAAAAGAUCAGAGGAAAACUACAUGAAGCAGAUAUUGUCUUAUGUUUAGGAAACACAAUUUGGAUUGAUAAAAUGGUAUUGGUUACAAAAAUUCCAGAUACGAAAGUGCUCAUAAAUGAGCAUGUUGUUCAAUCAGAGAUAAUUGCUACUGGUUUGGGUGAAAAUAAUCCCCAGCAUCUUAAUUUGCUGAUGUCCAUGUUCCAUGAAGUAGGAUUAAUAGAACACAAGGAAACCAUUAACAACUUAAAGUUACUAGAAGCUUCAACCCAUUAUACAGAAGAAGACAAAAUUAAUAGUCCCAGAACUUCAGUAACUUCUGAGAAUGUUUCUUCAGAAAGAGAUAAUAUGAUUGCAGCAGAGAUGAUGUUUGAAUCGGCUUUAUAUCACCAAAUGGUAAGCCUCAUAAUUUAG